UCCAUUCCCUUUCCUUUUAUUUUUAUUUUUUAUUUUAUAAAGAGCAUAUUCCUCCCUAAUUCUCAACGGUUUUUGAGCUUCUCUUCUUACCACACAACACAACACAAGAAAUAAAUUUCAGACAACCAAAAAAAAAAAAAAAUCCCUUCUUCAGGUGAGAAAAAAAAUGGAGAGUAAAGAGGAAGUUAUUUCUGUUGAGCUUCCAGCACCUGCUUCUUGGAAGAAAAUGUUUUUUCCUAAGAAAGUUGGUGCACCGAGGAAGACAGAGGUCAUGUUCAUUGCACCAACUGGAGAAGAGAUUAAUAACCGAAAGCAAUUGGAGCAGUAUCUAAAAUCGCAUAGCGGUAAUCCUCCGAUAAGGGAGUUCGAUUGGGGUACCGGUGAGACCCCUAGAAGAUCAGCGAGGAUCAGUGGAAAGGCCAAGGCUACACCGACCCCAGAGAAGGAACCCCUGAAGAAGCGAGGCCGAAAAUCAUCCAGUGCAAAGAAGGAAGACGAGGAAGCUGAGGCUGUUCCUGAAAAACCCGAGGGUGAGAAAGAGAGCGAAAAGGAAGAUACACAAGCCACCGAGAAGGAAACCACAGAAGGUGAAAAAGGAAAAGAUACUUCCAUUGAUAAUCAGGUUGAGAACGGAAGUGAAACGCUAGAAGCUGAUCAAACUGCAAACACGGAUGGCAAGAUCGAGGACGUCAAGCAAGAAGAAGCUGUCGUUGAAGAAAACAAAGAUGCUGUCGGUGUUGAAGAAACCUCGACUCAAAUGGAAGUUCAAGAGAAACCUGUAGCAGCUAGUUGUAUUGAUGCCCCUAUAGAAAAGCCAGAAACUAUGACAUCGGAAGCUAAUGGGGAUGUAGAGAAAGAGAAUCCGAAUCAAACAAUCCCUGUUCCCGAGGGAGAGGUGAAAGAGAAAAGCAUCCAAGAGGCUGCCGGAAAGUGUAUCGUUGAGGUAGAGGAUGUGGAGGUGAAUGAAAAUGGUAAGCUUGAACCAAGCGUUCAGACUGAUGCCCCACAACAACCCGGACCGGCUUCCGUAAGCUGUUAAACAUAGAAUCUAUAUCUCCAAGCUAUCCCGUGGUACCGUCAUUUUGUAUGUUGUAACGUCAUUGGAUGACUGUAAAAUGUAUGGUGUUAAGAAGUAGGUUUUGAACAUUGGAAACUUUAGAUCAUAGGCAGCUCGAAACUCAUGACUUAAAAUGGUUAGUGACUCAAGUUCCAAAUUGGACAUAAAAACAUGUUAUGUGACAAUAGAUUAACUGCUUUGUUGUGAA